UGUGAAUUCUACCACCAACCGGAACAAGCCCUUUGGGAUGGUCAGCAUUUAAAUACCUCUACAAAGCAAAUAAGUAUAAAUAAUGAACCGAAUUUUCGGUCGGAGCAAACAGACGCCUCCACCCAACCUUUCUGACUGCAUAGGCAAUGUGGAUACGAGGGUCGAGUCGAUCGAUAAGAAAAUAGCGAGAAUCGAUGCAGAGCUAAUGAAGUAUAAGGACCAGAUGAAAAAGAUGAGGGAUGGACCCUCAAAAAAUACAGUAAAACAGAAGGCGAUGAGAGUGCUGAAACAAAAGAGAAUGUAUGAGGGUCAAAGAGAUCAGCUUUCCCAGCAGUCAUUUAAUAUGGAACAAGCCAACUAUACAAUCCAGUCAUUAAGGGACACCAAAACAACCGUGGAGGCUAUGAAGAUUGGAGCAAAAGAAAUGAAGAAAGCAUAUAAACAAGUGAAGAUGGAUCAGAUUGAAGACCUGCAGGAUCAACUGGAAGACAUGAUGGAGGAGGCCAACGAGGUGCAGGAAGCUCUCAGUCGCAGCUAUGGCACACCAGAGAUCGAUGAGGAUGAACUGGAAGCAGAGCUGGAUGCUCUGGGAGAUGAGUUACUGCUGGAUGAUGACAGCUCUUAUUUAGAUGAAGCCUCGUCUGCACCCUCCAUUCCUGAAGGAAUACCCAGUGACACAAAAACCAAUAAGGAUGGCGUUCUGGUCGAUGAGUUUGGACUUCCACAGAUCCCUGCCACAUAAGAAUCUGUUCUCUGAUCAGUGUUUUAUUUACAUGCGUUGGAGGAAGUUAUUAGUGCUGGUAAAUGGUAUUCAACAUGUUUUGUAGUAUUCAUUGCCAGUCUAGCACUUGGUAUUGUAACUAACUGUUUUUGUUACAUGUUGAUCUUGUUCACAUGAAGCACAAUUUUAAUUAGAAUUUGGUCAUGUUAACAUGUUAGCCUGAUUGACAAUAAGAUUCCAGUUUUUAGAAAUUUAAAGAAAUCUGGUAUAUACCUUAAAUCUGAAUUUUG